AACCCAUUACGUGACAACAAUAGAAAGUAACAAACCUUGUCAAAAGGGAUAUGAAACCCAUUGUUAUCUUAUUACAGUACCAGUCAUUUCUAAUGACAAUUUAGCCAUAUGGAUGCUUUCUGUACUUGCCUGCCAUGAUGGCAAGAAUAAAAUUGCUAUUAUGGAGGUUGGAGCAAUUGAAGUUCUUACUAAGAGGAUUUCUCAAUGUUUGUCUCAAGCUACUCAGGGUGAUUUUAGAGAAGAUGCCAGUACAUGGGUUUGUGCUUUACUGCUUGCAAUACUGUUCCAAGACAGAGAUAUCAUUCGAGCACCUGCAACCAUGCACUCAAUACCCAUAGUUGCAAGUUUGUUGAGAUCGGAGGAGUCAACAAACAGAUAUUUUGCAACACAAGCAGCGGCAAGUCUUGUCUAUAAUGGUAGCAGAGGGACUCUUCUGACCGUCGCAAAUUUAGGGGCAGCAGGUGGACUUAUUUCUUUACUUGGUUGUGCAGAUGCUGAUAUAUGUAAUCUUUUGGAACUAUCAGAGAAGUUUUCUUUGCUCCACAAUCUAGAGCAAGUAGCUUUGGAGAGGUUGUUUAGAGUGGAUGACAUUAGAGUUGGUGCUACUUCUCGGAAGCGAUGCCUCUUUGUGUUGAUCUGCUAAAACCAAUUCUAGAUCGACUAGGGGCACCCUUUCUGGCUCUUGGACUCCUAACUCGGCUUGCAAUUACUAUGUGAAUGUCCAUCAAGAGCCCUAGUCGUCCGUUGCUGAUGCCGCUGCCGCUGCUAUGAACGAUCCCCGGUGGUUCAACAGCGGCGAGUUGAGAGAGAUAAAUUAGGUCUUCGAAUUGGGUCGAAAAGAUAUCAAUUUGGGUAAAGAACUAUUACCUUUUGGUAAGGGUAUUUUUGGUACUUUCAAUUCAAUAAGGGCAUUUUGGUAUUUAAAAUAAAAUAUAGUUGUUGACAUCAGCAACUAUAGUAUAUUCCUUAACAGUGACUGACGGUAGGGGGUCUGAGAAUAAUUUGGUGAAACAGAGGGGGUGGUCUUAACAUUGUGGCAUUCUCCAGGGGUGGCGUGGUGAAUUUCCCUUUCCAAUAUUAUAGAGAAGCAAUGUCAUCACGGAUUUGAUUGCAAAGAAUUGUGCUAUGAUAGAACCUUGUUAUUGGUUUGAUUGAUGGACUUGAGGCAUAUUUGUUAGUGAAUAUUUAUUAAUUAUUUUCUUAAAGGGUACUAUUGAUGACAAUGCCGAAGGUGCUCUCUUUAAAUGAAUCUUGAGAAGAAUAUUCUUGAGCUUUGCUGAUGGCCAAGUUGGACGUGGAGUCUUAAGAUCUUUAGUGUAUGCCUCUUUUUAUGCUUUUUUAAUUUUCCUAUACAUCUAAAAAUGCCCAAAUGCAAAUCCUAUGAUCCUAUU